UGUUCAACAGAGACACUUAUACUAUUUAUACUUAAGAAGAAUAGUAGACUAUAUCUAUACAUAGACUAUAGAGGUCUUAAUAAGAUGAUAAUUAAGAAUCACUAUUUAUUACUAUUAUUAUUAUUAUUAUUAUUCUUCCAUUAUACUCAUAUGCAAGCGGAGCUUAUGAUGA